AUGUCCGUCACCGGUUUCGGGUUGGCGGACGGGCGCCAGGCGCGGGGCGCGCCAAACUCGCUCAGACGCCCGUGGGUGGACCGCGCCAUCGAGGCUACGCCGAGCAAAAUCAUGAACGUGCAGUCAGCACCCCAGGGUAACAACAUCCAGGUGUCGGGCCUGUCGGGCGGUCCCGGUGCCAGGUGUUCCUCGUGCCAGAAUGGAGUGCUCUCCGACUCAUUCACCCCAUGCGGCAUCGUUCUGGCCAUAUGCUUCUUCCCCCUGGGUCUCAUCUGCUGCUGGAUGAUGCGGGAAAAGCAGUGCAACGCCUGUGGAGCGAAGCCGGCCAUGAACCCCUAGGCGAAGUAGAGAUCAGCUGGGGCCAUCGGAGGUCGGCUGAGCUCAGCCGGGGUCGGCUGACCUCCGCCGAGGUCAGCUGAGGUCAGCUGAGGUCAGCCGACCGCCUGGCGGCGUCGCCUUCAUGUCUGUGCCUAGGUCGGCGGCGACCGAGUGCUGGUGUCUGUGUAAGCGGCUGUCGGUUGACGACGCGUCGGGGUCUGGAAAAGGCGAGCUUCGCGCUCCCCGUUGCUGAGGACGCUAGCCCUGGUUUGCGCGAGUGUUGGCUAGUUUUGCGAUCGUUUUUGGUGAUUAAAGCCAUGGGAUGGCACCAACCAGCUAAAGGCCGAGGCUGUUGCCAGCUUUGAGUAUUCUUGUAGUGACUGCAUGUUUGUGAAUCCUGUGAGCAUCGCCCCUCUUUUAAUCUUAGAAUAGUUUCGUUGUGGAUCCAUCAUGAUCACCAAGUGAUUUCGCAUCAUGCUUUUCCUAAAGCCUGGGCUUGAACUUACGUGUGUUACAUCAACUGCCACGUUCAUUGGCGCGUAUUUUGCACUAUUGAUAGAGUUCUUUGCGUGGUCGUCGCGAUUUAAUGUACUGCUAUUUUAUGCUGUUGACGCGAUUACAAAUCCAAGGACCUCUUAGAUAUUUGGCUGUCUAAAUGCAUGGCAAGUGUGAAAAUAUGUUGUAAUGGUCACAGGAAGUGUUUUAACGUCUUUGCAUUGCCAUUGGAUUACGCUGCCGUCCCUAAAUACACACGUACAAACGUAACAUGUUAUGUGCGAUAACU